GAAUUUAGAAAUUUGUAAUAAUUAUGACCUAACAAAAUCGGAUAUUGGAUCAUAGGGAAAGUACAAGACUUCUAGUAAUGGUGCUAUCUUGCUAAAAUGUGCUGAAAUGCAGGCUGCAUGCUGCGGCAGCAAAUAGCAAUCCAAAACCCCACAAUCUUCUUCUGUUAAAUCUCCACUCAAAGCAUAAUCACACCUCGCGAACUUCCCAAAAUCAAUCCUCAGUCUUAUUCGGAUUUGCUCAUGGCUACUGCAACGACAUCGUUUCCUGGAACCUAUCUCCGUGUUCCACCCAAGAAUGGGGUCAGAAAUGCGUUGUUUUCUCGGUCCGUAGUGUCUAAUGGCGUCAAUUCAAGAAAACCCAAUUCGCUAAACUCAUUGAAAUUGAGUAGAAAUUCCUUUAAUGUUUGCUUACAUACGAGUUUUGGGCACUAUAGGAAGAGUUCUAAGUCUGGUGCUUUUAUUGUUCGAUGUAAUGCUGCAGCUGGAAAGAUUACACAACAAGAAUUCACAGAAAUGGCCUGGCAAGCAAUUGUUUCUUCUCCAGAAGUGGCAAAAGAAAAUAAACACCAGAUAGUGGAGACCGAGCAUUUGAUGAAAGCCCUCUUAGAGCAGAAAAACGGACUUGCUCGUCGCAUUUUUUCUAAAGCUGGGGUUGACAAUACCCGUUUGCUUGAAGCAACUGAUAAGUUCAUACAGCGGCAACCAAAGGUUCUGGGUGAAUCUGCUGGUUCAAUGUUGGGGCGAGAUCUUGAAGGCCUAAUUCAAAAAGCCAGGGAAUACAAGAAAGAGUACAAAGACUCAUUUGUGUCUGUGGAGCAUUUGGUUCUUGCUUUUGCACAAGAUAAAAGAUUUGGGAAACAAUUGUUUAGUGAUUUUCGGCUUUCUGAGAAAUCAUUAAAAUCUACCAUACAAGCUGUAAGGGGACGCCAAUCAGUCAUCGACCAAGACCCCGAGGGAAAAUAUGAAGCUCUGGAGAAGUAUGGAAAAGAUUUGACUGCCAUGGCAAGGGAAGGAAAACUGGAUCCUGUAAUAGGACGAGAUGAUGAGAUACGUAGAUGUAUCCAAAUUCUAUCACGAAGAACAAAAAAUAAUCCUGUUCUUAUUGGUGAACCUGGUGUAGGUAAAACUGCAAUUGCCGAAGGGCUUGCUCAAAGAAUUGUUGAGGGGGAUGUACCUCAAGCUUUGGUGAACCGAAAGUUAUUUUCUCUUGACAUGGGAGCAUUGAUAGCUGGAGCUAAAUACCGAGGAGAAUUUGAGGACCGCCUGAAGGCUGUACUGAAGGAAGUGACUGAGGCUGAGGGUCAGACUAUCCUUUUUAUUGAUGAGAUUCACACAGUAGUUGGAGCAGGUGCCACAAAUGGUGCAAUGGAUGCCGGUAAUCUUUUGAAACCUAUGCUUGGCCGUGGAGAGUUGCGAUGUAUUGGUGCUACUACACUCGAUGAAUAUCGUAAAUACAUUGAGAAGGAUCCAGCGUUGGAGAGACGUUUCCAACAGGUUUAUGUUGACCAACCAAGUGUUGAAGAUACUGUCUCAAUACUUCGUGGGCUACGUGAGAGAUAUGAGUUGCAUCAUGGAGUUAGAAUAUCGGAUAGUGCCCUUGUGGAGGCUGCCAUCCUUUCAGAUCGCUACAUUAGUGGACGUUUCUUACCUGACAAAGCCAUUGACUUAGUUGAUGAAGCCGCUGCUAAACUAAAGAUGGAGAUAACAUCAAAACCUACUGCCCUUGAUGAGAUUAACCGGUCUGUAUUGAAGCUUGAGAUGGAAAGACUCUCACUUACAAAUGAUACUGACAAAGCAUCAAAAGAGAGACUUAAUCGGCUUGAUGCAGAGCUUUCCCUUUUGAAGGAAAAGCAAGCCGAAUUGACUGAGCAGUGGGAGCAUGAGAAAACUGUGAUGACACGUUUACAGUCCAUCAAAGAGGAGAUUGACAGGGUGAAUAUUGAGAUCCAGCAGGCAGAGCGAGAGUAUGAUCUUAAUCGUGCUGCUGAACUUAAAUAUGGCAGCUUGAACUCUCUUCAACGACAAUUGGAAAAUGCAGAAAAAGAGCUGGAUGAGUACAUGAAAUCUGGAAAGUCUAUGUUGCGUGAAGAAGUGACUGAGAGCGAUAUUGCUGAAAUAGUCAGCAAGUGGACAGGAAUUCCCGUUUCGAAGCUACAACAAUCAGAAAGAGAAAAACUACUGCAUUUGGAUGAAGAGCUACAUAAACGAGUAGUGGGACAAGAUCCUGCAGUUAGGGCUGUAGCUGAGGCUAUUCAACGUUCUAGAGCUGGGCUUUCGGAUCCACAUCGUCCUAUUGCUAGUUUCAUGUUCAUGGGUCCCACAGGUGUGGGAAAGACAGAACUGGCAAAGGCUUUGGCGGCUUACUUGUUCGACACUGAGGAGGCCCUUGUUCGGAUUGAUAUGAGUGAAUACAUGGAGAAAUUUGCUGUUUCAAGACUGAUAGGUGCCCCACCUGGUUAUGUGGGAUAUGAGGAGGGAGGCCAAUUAACAGAAAUAGUGAGGAGGCGGCCAUAUGCAGUGAUCCUAUUUGAUGAGAUAGAGAAGGCCCAUAACGAUGUUUUUAACGUUUUCCUUCAAAUUUUAGAUGAUGGGCGGGUGACAGACUCACAGGGCCGAACGGUGAGCUUCACCAAUACUGUCAUCAUUAUGACUUCAAAUGUCGGGUCACAGUAUAUUUUAAAUGCUGACGAUGAGGCUUUAUCCAAGGAGAAUAGAUAUGAGAUUAUAAAGCAAAGAGUGAUGGAUGCAGCCAGAUCAAUCUUUCGUCCUGAGUUCAUGAACAGAGUUGAUGAAUACAUUGUCUUCCAGCCUCUUGAUCGUGAACAGAUUAGCAGCAUCGUGCAAUUACAGCUACAAAGAGUUCAGUCCAGGAUUGCAGAUCGUAAGAUAAAGAUUCAAGUGACAAAUACUGCAGUUCAGCUUCUUGGUAGCCUUGGAUACGAUCCCAACUAUGGUGCAAGGCCUGUUAAGCGUGUAAUACAGCAGCAUCUUGAAAAUGAGAUUGCAAAAGGCAUCUUGAGAGGCGAUUAUAAGGAAGAGGAUACCAUUCUUGUUGACACGGAAGUCACAGCAUUUUCGAAUGGUCAGCUUCCGCAGCAGAAGCUGGUAUUCCGAAAACUGGAGCCUGAAUUCAACCCGGCUGCUGGAGAAGAUAAACAAAUUGUUUCUCCGUUUUAGAUUUUUUUUUUUUUUUUUCAUUUUUUAUACCACAUUUUUAUCUCGAAUAUGAUGAUCGAUCUCAUGUUACUGUUAACCGUCUAUAGGAUUUCGAGUCUGGUAUAUAAUGGUUGUAUAGUAGCCUCUCUCUUACACUGUUUUGAAAGAUUUUGUGCACAGAAACCAUAAUAUAUUCAUAAAAAGCCUAUUGUGCAGAA